CCCUACGCCGCUAAACUUUGGCUUUGGCCUCCCUACCCACGCUUGCUCAACCACGAGAGCUACGGUGAGCGCGUUCGCUCCGUCCCGGCUUACUGGGGGCGCGAGGCUUGCGGUUGAGUGGAGUCCAAAAUCCCGUGCCGAGCGCCCCCUCGCUGGCUGCCCGAACGUCCUUGCUCAGUAACGCCCGGCGGCAGACUAUCCCCUCCGCCCUCUGCACUGCGCCGCUUGGCGGCGACCAUGGAUCCCAUCGUGGUUCGAGGACGGGCGUCUUUCCAGGACAGGCUACGGCUGGUUUGGGACGAGGAGGCUGUGGACGAUGGGUUGAUGGGACAUGCUGGACUCGAAGACCUGGCCUCGCCGGGAACAGUGAGCGGUUGUCGCCUGGAUGGUGAGGAGGGCGAAGAGAGCGCAGCCCCUUCGUCUGCCGGCCCCGCUCGGUCGGAGAGGAAGUACGCUCGCAAAGCCCGUCGGCAGGCCGUUCGCAGCGCCGCCCGCGCUGCAGGGUGGUUGGCGCAGAAAGAUGCGGAGGCCUCCCGCGUCGCAGCGGCCGGAUCUGCCCUCUCAGAUAUGCCGCUCUCGGGCGGUUUCAUCGGCCAUCGAAAGGUUCGCCGCAGAGAGGCGGAGAGCGCUGGAGGACAGCGGGUUGUUGGCCACGACGGCGGGUACGUGUCCUUUGCAGCGCAGCGGCUUUGAGCUGACGGCCAAGGGCUGGCGCAGUAAGGCUGCCGAGAUUUUGGAUCGUGCUCGCCACUUGGUCGCGUAUCGGGCAUGGCAAGGCUCUGCUACUCAGGAGGCCAACGGCCUUCUUACGGCAGCUGCGGCCUACGUGGUAAAGACAGGCAUCAAGCCGACGUACACUUCCUCUAAACGCGGGACUUUUUCGCAAUACUACUUCACACUUCACAAGGAUAAUCAGCCGAGACCAAGGAUGUCCAAGUACUUCUGCGAACACGUCGAGGUUGCGCACGAGCUUGCCCGUGUGUUGGCGCCUGUCAUACGGCUGGUUGCUGGCAUCUUCCGCCGGAAUUUUCCUCUGCUCUAUGAGUAUUAUGCGCGCACCUUAGACUAUGCCGUUCGCGGCGACGCUUCUCUAGAAUCUCUCUUUCACCCCUUUGCCUCCUUUGCCCUCAACGUUGGAGAGGUCGUCUGCGAGCGACAUCUUGACUGUACCAACUUGGGCCCUGGCCUUUGUUGUAUCGUUCCCUUUGGGCGGUACAAUCCGUCGGCAGAUUGCCGUGUUGGCCUCGCAGAUCUUGAAUGCGAGAUUGAGGUUGGCCCAGGCGUGCCCUUGUUGAUACCUUCCGCUGCCUUUACUCAUUACAACACGCCUCUCACAACGCAGGGGGCAUGUCGCGGCUCUGCUGUGUUUUGGACUGGCGGUACUCUUUUUCAGUUUCAAGAGCUUGGUGGGCGUAUGGUGUCAGAGCUGAGCACGGCUGAAAGGCACGAAUACCAGGCUGGACGCUCCUCCCGCAUUACAGCAGGCAUCGCACGCUUUCCCAAGCGUCCUUUUUGAACACAUGUAUGGCUCUUUAGCUUAAUAAACGUGUCGCUGGCGUUAUCGUCGAUGGCGCACAACUCGACUGCUGAACUGCGCGCCCGAUCCACCAACGCCGACAAGCGGUGAUCGACACA